GCCUUAAUUCCAAGAUUUUUUUUUCAUGAAAUUGGAAUAGAGAAUUAUAUAAUAAAACAUGGAUUUUCUAGAAAUAUACAUAUAUUUGUCUUGAUAUAUCAUUUCGCUUGAAUGUAUCUGAAUGAGACUACGAACAUAUAUGUCUGUCAGAUGUGUUGUCAGACAGUCUCGUGAAUCUGAACGUGCAGCGUGCAGCACGUAAUUUCAAUCGCAAAAUUGUUAGAUCAUGUAAUCACCAUCGAUCAAACCGCAAGAUUUAUACGUCCGCAAAAUUCAUGCAAAAACGAAUAACGUCCAAUUUAAAUCGUCAUGAUAUAACUUGAAAAUUGAACAUAAAAUGACAUUUCAGAAGAUCAAGGCCCGUCAGAUAUUUGAUUGCAGAGGCGAGCCAACUUUAGAAGUCGACAUAAUUACCGAUAUCGGUUUGCUCCGAUCGUCGGUACCUUCCACUGUACUGAUCAAUCCGAAUCAGGCGCGGGAGAUCAGAGACGAGAACGCGGCGGCUUACCACGGUCGUUCGGUAUUCAAAGCCGUCGAUAUCAUUAAUAAUGUGAUCGCUCCGCAACUGAUAAAAUCCAAAUUGGAGGUUUGUCAACAAGCCGAAAUAGAUGGAUUGCUGAUCAGGUUGGACGGCACGGAAAAUAAAUCGAGACUCGGCGCGAACACCAUUCUCGGAGUCUCCGUCGCCUGUUGCAAAGCCGGAGCAGCUAAGAAGGGUCUUCCGGUUUACAGAUACAUUGCCGAAUUGGCCGAAAAUAGUCAAUUGUUCAUUCCUGUACCGAGUUUCAACAUGAUCAGCGGGGGACGAUACGCUGGCAACAACUUACCAUGUCAAGAAUUUGCAAUAUUACCUAUAGGUGCUGAGAGUUUCGCCGAUGCUGUAAAAAUGGCUACUGAAAUAUAUCGAGUUCUAGAGAAAAAGAUCGUUGAUGCUCAAGGAAUACGAGGCCCGCUUCCGGUUAGCGACGAAGGAGCCUUCGUUCCUGACUUGAUGGAUGAUAAGGCCGCCCUGACUCUUUUGAACGCGUCUAUUAAAGACGCUGGUUACGAAGGCAAGAUUAAGAUAGCAUUGGAUAUGGCAGCAAGCGCUUUUUAUAAAGAAGGGGGAUACGAUCUAGCAUUUAAGACAAAGGAUUCCGAUCCCGCCAAUUAUUUGAGAGCUGAGGCUUUGCGAAACCGAUAUCUAGAAUAUCUGUCUGAAUUCCCAGCGAUAGUCUCGAUCGAAGACCCUUUCCAUCAAGAGGAUUGGGAGGGUUGGUUAACAAUAGCUAACCAAAAGAUUCAAGUGGUCAGCGAUGAUCUUACCGCGAUGAAUAUCGAAAGGAUAGAAGAAGCAAUGGAUAGGAAUAUAGCGAACUGUCUCGUGUUAAGAAUGUCGCAAAUUGGGACUGUAACAGAAGUCAUUAAUUGCGCGAAGAUGGCAAGAAUCAAUGAUUGGGGCUAUAUCGUGAGCGCGAGCCGCGGAGAAACGGAAGAUAAUUUUGUUGCUGAUAUGGCGGUUGGACUUGCCGCUGGUCAGUUCAAAGCUGGAGCACCGUGCAGGAGUGAAAGAAUGGCCAAGUAUAAUCAAAUUUUAAGAAUCGAGGAAGAACUGGGCAAAGAUGCCAAAUACGUUGGACUUAAAUACCAAAAUCCUCUAGCAAAAUAACGUGAAUAAUUAUGCGUUUUUAAAAUAAAGUGUAUGCAAAAUGGUCGUAAAAAAGAGCAAUGC